GAGAGAGAGAGAGAGAGAGAGAGAGAGAGAGGGAGGGAUGGGUCGGGAGGUGGCGGAGAGCUGCCUGGAUGGGUUGAUGAUCGAGAUGGUCUCCGCCUACUGCACACGCUUCUACGCCAGCAAGCCGGAGCUCGCCGCCAGAAGAAUCGAGGCCAUUGGGUACCAGGUUGGGCACCAGCUCUCCGAGAGGUACACCAUGGAGCGGCCUCGAUUCACUGAUCACCUAGAAGCGAUAAAGUUCAUAUGUAAAGAUUUUUGGUCUGAGCUUUUCAAAAAGCAGAUUGAUAACCUGAAAACUAAUCACAGGGGUACCUUUGUCUUGCAAGAUAAUCGGUUUCGGUGGCUCACACGCAUAUCGAUUGAGCCCUCUGCAGAAAGCACAGAUGCAUCUUCCAAUGACCCUUCACUUACGGCCGAGAACAAGGCUUCCCAAACCACAAACAUGCAUCUCUGUUUCCCAUGUGGAAUUAUAAGGGGCGCCCUUUCUAAUCUGGGGAUUCCAUGCGCUGUUACUGCAGAUAUAUCCAAUCUACCAGCAUGUUCGUUUGUGGUGAGAAUAAAAGCUUGAUUUGUGUUCUUCAAGGAAUUGAUAGGGUGUUGAUGUCAAUGGAUUCACUUAUCCUUGUACUAGAAACUUUGCUUUCAAUGAUAAAUGGCUGAAUGCAUCAUAUGUUUUACUGUCAAAACACUAGCACCAUUAUUGUACAACAUCUGUCCAGAACAAAUUCUAGCAUGUUCAUUCAACAGAAUGAUGAUGCUGAUGAGUUGUUAAGUUUUCAUUAAUUUAAGUCAAAUUAUUUCCUAUA